AUGACAAUUACACUAUCAGAAUCACCACCUGAUAAUUGUUACACCAUCUCGACAAGUAUCAGUCAAGAUGAAAUCAAGACUAGCACGUUUACGAAACGAAUAACUGGUUUAUGGCAUCGGAUAAUCGACUCGUUUAAACGUCCACUCCCUUCUGAAAAUAUCUCAAUCGAUAUGAAUGGAUCGAAACAAGAAGAAAAUCAAAGUGAUUAUGUUGAAAAGGAAGAAAGUGGUUUGCAUCGCAAAUUAAAAAACCGACACUUGCAAAUGAUUGCCAUAGGUGGAUCAAUUGGUACUGGUCUCUUUGUUGGCUCUGGCUCUGCUCUUGCCUCUGGAGGUCCUGCUGCACUCAUUCUUGAUUUUACUAUCAUCGGUUUCAUGCUUUUCAACGUUUGUAUGGCUCUUGGGGAGCUAGCUGUUACUUUCCCUGUCUCUGGUUCUUUCGCCAUAUACGGUUCUCGUUUUCUCGAUCCCGCCUGGGGAUUUUCUAUGGCCUGGAAUUAUGCUAUGAGCUGGCUAGUUAUCAUGCCACUUGAAAUAACAGCUGCUGGAAUCGUGAUAAACUAUUGGACAACGUCCGUCAAUAUUGGCGUGUGGGUCACUGUUUUCCUUGUUGCUCUUCUCGUUAUCAAUCUCUUCGGUGUUCGAGGCUACGCUGAAGUUGAAUUUUAUAUGUCUAUCAUUAAAGUUAUUGCGGUUCUUGGAUUCAUCGUUCUCGGUAUUGUUCUUGCAGCAGGAGGUGGUCCAAAUCAUCAGUAUCUUGGCGGAAAAUAUUGGCAUAAUCCCGGUCCGUUUGCCGACGGAUUUAAAGGAGUGUGUUCCGUUUUUGUCACUGCCGCUUUUGCCUUUUCGGGCACAGAACUAGUUGGACUGGCAGCAGCCGAAGCGGCCAAUCCUCGAAAGACCAUUCCUCAAGCAACAAAGCAAGUAUUUUGGAGAAUAACGAUUUUCUAUAUUGUGUCGUUGACACUUAUCGGUUGUUUGGUGCCUUAUACAUCUUCCCGUCUUCUCAAUGGGUCAUCAAGCUAUGACGCGUCUGCAUCACCUUUCGUGAUUGCUAUUGAAGAUGCAGGCAUCAAAGUGUUACCUUCUAUAUUUAAUGCUGUCAUUCUUUGUGCUGUUCUCUCGGUCGCUAAUUCGUCUGUCUAUGGAGCAUCACGAACGCUGUGUGCACUUGCUGAAUGUGGUCAAGCUCCGAAGAUACUAGCUUAUAUCGAUCGUAAAGGUCGUCCGCUCUCUUCCGUAGCUCUGUCGAUGCUCCUAGGGCUCAUUGCUUACAUCAAUUGCGCGGAAGUGGGUCCUGAAGUGUUUAAUUGGCUACUCGCUCUCUCGGGUUUGUCCUCCUUUUUCACAUGGGGCUCCAUAUGCGCAUGCCAUAUUAUGUUCCGAUUGGCGUGGAAGGUGCAAGGCCAUACUUUGGAUGAGCUAGCCUUUGUGGCACCUUUUGGUGUCUGGGGAAGUUUUCUUAGUCUUCUUCUUAACAUUUUGUGCCUCAUAGCUCAAUUCUAUGUAGCAGUGUUUCCUCAAGGUAGUUAUCCAAGUGCAAAGGCAUUCUUUCAAGCAUACCUUGCUGCUCCUAUUGUACUUAUCUUCUAUGUCGUAUGGAAAAUAUGGAAGAAAUCACCAUUUAUGCGGCCUAGUACCAUAGAUCUCGUAACUGGAAGACGUUUAGUUGAUACACAACAGUUUAUUGCCGAAGAAAGAGCUAAGCAACUGACCUGGCCGGCAUGGAAGAGAUUGUAUUUCAAGUUCUGCUAAGCUAUUUUCCACUUUCUAUUGACUUCAUUUUCUACAUACUGUAGUUAGUAGUAGCGUCGAAAGAAUGAUCGUCUUAACAAUUUCACUAACUUUCGUCACACGUAUUUGACUAGCAAUUAUGACAAAUGCGUUUUGAAUGAUCUGUUUAUUCGAUCACUGAAUAAUGAAUUUUGG